AUGGCGGACUGGACAGUGUCCGUGGUGCAUGUGAAUUUGCCUUUCAACUUAACUUAUAACGAAACGUUCAAUCUGACGUCAAACGAAUCUGACGUCAUCCAGAACGAUCAAGCAUGGCUGAUGUGGCGGAGUGUGGGGAUGGGGAUAAUAAUGUACGCCGCAGUCUUUUUGACAAUUUGCGGAAACAUCCUCGUCCUUAUCGCAGUCGCUAGGAAUAAACGUCUUCAAACCGUCUUCAAUAUCUACGUCAUUAAUUUAGCUGUAACAGACCUGUUGGUUGCCGUCACCGCCAUGAGUUUCUACACUACGGAAACUGUUUUGGGUUACUGGCCCUUUGGCGAGUUUCUGUGUGGAAUCUGGAUAUUUGUGGAUUAUGGAAUGACGUUUGCGUCAGUUUUCACACUCAUAGCAAUCUCCGUGGAUAGAUUCUGGUCCGUGACAUGGAGUCUUCAUUAUCGAGCACACCAUAACAAGAUUAAAGCAGUGCGAGUCAUUGUAGCAGUGUGGGUCUUUACGCUAAUCCUGUGGCUGCCAGCAUGUAUAAUGGACAGACUCAACAACUCAAUACCCAACAAAUGCGUGUGGGAACCGUCCAAAAACAAAGAGUUUGUUGUCGUCAUUGCAACCAUUGGUCAUCACGGAGCAUUCACAGUCAUGGUUGUCUGCUACACCAAAGUCUUUUACACGCUUGUACAGCGCCAAAAAGUGGGGCUUGGUCAUUCACGACUCUCAGAGAGAUCGCCUAGAUUAGAAUCGCCUAUUAACAAUCGUUAUGCUAGACCAGGCCAAGAGAGUCCGGCGGAAUUGUCUGUAGAAAGUCAAAUUAACGUUGACACCUCAAGUGACUCUUCGCACGAUACACACCUGGCCAGGCUGGUCGCGUCACAUACACCGUCCGUAACCGCCACAGACACGGGACACGAAAAUGGGAACAAAUGUUACGGUAUCCAUCUCGAACCAAUAUAUAGUCCAACUGUGAAUUCCUCCACACAGACAGACAAUGAUAACGACUGUAUAAAAUGCCAAAAUGAAACAGGCAAGACCAAAAGGCGGCACAGAAGUUUCAUCAGCAGACACAGCAGGAAGCGAAAACAGAGAAAAGAGGAGGCAAAAUAUGAGAAACAUGAGAGGAGAGUGUUUACAACACUUACCUACAUCCUCGCCGGUUACGUGAUAUGCUGGCUUCCAUUCCAUAUCGUGUUUGACGUCCGAGCCGCCAAACCGGAAGCAGUAUCUUCCAUUGUUUAUAAUUUGACGUUUUGGUUGUCUUACCUCAAUUCAAUGAUCAAUCCGUUUUUAUAUAACUUUAGUAGUUCCGAUUUCCGUACAGCAUUUAAACAGUUGUUAUGUAAAAAUAAGCCUCCGACAGCUUCAACUAAACUUUAA